CAAAAUGUAUUGCCCUGACAAUGGUUUUAUUUAUGCAAUUAUAUAUCCAAUGAUUCGCAAAAUUAAAUAUAUUCUUUCCUUACAUUUUUCUUUCAGAUGGCCUGGUUUGAAAAACAUUCGACAAACAGAAAUGCAUAAAGGCUACUUAAGUGUUGAAGAAUUGAUAGACGUACGAGUAAACUGUAAGAAAGAAUUGUUGCAUUUGUUGGCUCAAAUGAGCGAAAAGUAUUACCACAAUGGUUCUGAUGAGUUCAUGAAGAAAAAUGUUAAUAUCUGCGCUUGUCGCACACACUUCCAAUGUUUUCUUCCGUUCCGCACUGUUUUUCACGAAGGCGUUUUGAAUAAUGAAAUUCUCGAUAUGGAAGAAUUUAAUUUUUUGGUUUAUCCACCCAAGACAACACAUCACUUGAAUUAUUAUUUAGUUAUGGAUGAAUUAACAAGUUUAAAUGAUCGGUGAAAAAGUGGAUAUAAGGACAACCUGACAAAUAUUUAUUACGGAAGAAUCCUUCUAACAUAUUUAAGGCAUUAUCAUCUAGAAAACGUAUGGCAGGAAUUUAUAAAUCGCCCUCCUAAACACCAGUUACUGGAAGAGAUAUGGACCUGGAUAAUAUCGCACAACAGGUGAUGAAGCAUCUUAAAGUUGAGAAUCCCAAGCAUCCAAUAUUCUCGGCAUCUCGUGAACAAUUCUCGAGGUGGAAAUACAAUAAUAUCUAUGAAAAUCAAUGGAACAACAGCGAGGGAAGACAGAUUAUAAAUAUUCUUUUCAACAUACUCUUGUACAAACCAACCUUCGAGGCAGUUGUACAUUCUUUAAAAUCAGAUCUCUUUCGACAAUACCUAUUAAUGAAAAAUAUCGAGUUUAAAACCGAGGACAUGAAUAUUGUACCGCUGAUAGUCAUAUUUCAGAGUGUUGCAAGAAGACUUGGCAUGUAUUGUGAUCUAGUAUCUUUUCUUAUAUCUGAUUUUCCUGCUUCUGAAAUUCUGAACCUGCCUAUAGGCAAACCAACGCCAAAUUAUGGGUUACUAACAUGGAAGCCAAAAUGGUUAAACUAAUUUUAAUUUCGAUUACUUAUACCUUUCCAUUUUUCUUUUAGUCGUAUAUAUACUUUUUUAUUAUUUUAUUUCAGUAAUGUAACAAACUCUGAUGACGAACACUGUCUUUAUAUCCAUCUCGAAAAGGGGAGAGGUGGAGCCAUUCUGAAUAAAAAUAACUUGUCCAGAAUUUAUGAGUCUACGUUAGAAUGUCCCAUAAGUUUUGAUAGAUAUCCCAGAAUAAAGUUGUUAGAGGUAAUUAUUCAUAUAUAUUGUAUUAAUUCUAGUAAAUAACAACAAUUCAUAAAUUUAACAAUAGGUAAAGGUAAUUAGUCACAAGCAAGUUGGCAUAGAUAUAUGUUAAAUUACUGACACAUUAAAGAGUGAGUCGCUUCUAAUUUCAAAACAUUUCUUUAUUUUCCAAAGUUUCGUACUCUUAGUUUAAUUUAUUAAUGCAAUGUUCGUUUUAGCUGAUGAUAAGUUUGGGUUCUCAUUAUGUGCUACAAAUGUAUGUUGAGUGGGUCGACUAUUAUUGUGGAAAUUAUAAUAAUUUCAACCCAGUGUUUGAAGAAGGAAGGUGGAUGCACAGGCUUCUAUACCUGGUAGAAGAGAGUUUGUCGAUCUCACAGACUCUUUAUAUGACAAGAAAAGAAGAUGUAUUUAAGUUCGUAGAUGAAUUGGAAAAGGUAUCUCAAUAAGGUUAUACGUAAAGAAAUAUCAUUUCCUGAAAGUUCCUGCAGUUUUCUUUUCUUUCUUUUAAACAUAAGAUACACUAAUAUAUCUUUUUCAUGAUAAGAAUAUAUCUAUGUAACAAAGAAUACUAGGAUUCAUUGUGUAUAUGAAUAUUUUAUUUAGUUUUACAUAAAACUUUUUAUUAGGGGUACCGAUAUGUCUUGAGAUAAGCGUACUUGUCACAUAUUUGUCAAAUACUAUAUCUGCAGAUAGAAAUGUUUCCACAAUAAGUAAAUUUCGUGAUUCCACAUAUGUGCAGGAUGAAUCUAGUGUUACGUGCUAUGCAAGAAGACACAUCGAUUUAAUACGAGUGAGAAGAAGGUAUAUAUAUUCUUAGGGUCUGGAUAUGAGGUAUGUUCGCGCAUUUCUAUUGCGUGUGUGUGAUACAUAAAGAUUACACAUAUGCAUAAAACAAGAAAAUAUAAGUAUAAUAUUCUGCGUAUAAUUAUAUGUUACUUCACGUCACGACGACAUUCCGAGAAAGAUCUUCUUGUGCAAGAUAAUGGGAGAGCUAGGCGAAAGAAAACUGUUUAAAAGUAAUGUACAAAGAUAGAUCCUAAUCGUGAUUCUGCAUCAUAUUUACCCAGCUGGCGGACGUUUGGGACGAUAGACUUACGUCUAAUAGAAUUUCCUUAGUACCUCAUCUCAUUAAAAAUGGUUGUUAUUUAUUCAUGAAGACAGUACAAGAGUACUUGUAUUCCAAUUUGCCUCCUUUGAAGGGAUUAUCUUUUUUGCGGAUGUGUUGUAUGUGAAAGUAAUUAAGUCUUUAUAAGUAAUUAAUUAUAAUAUUCUUAUAAUGAAAAUUAUAAGAUAAGUAUUUAUUAUCGUUAAUUAUUUGGUACAUUCUAGUAUAAAUUACGAAAAGAAUGUAUGAAAUACACACCCAAACCAAAGAAGAGGAAGGCUGAAAUGAAAUUCGCAGUUGGAAUGAUAGUGACAUGUACUUGUAACGACAGAACUCAUUCACGAUUAAGAUGCCAUAAAAUGCCACACGUGAUAAUAGGAUGGUCAGUGGUUGAUGAUUUGGUAAGGAGAUGGAACCAUUUGGACUGUCACUUAGCCAAGAAACAAAGUGCAUGGUACCUAGCCAUUCCCGCAAGCCGGAAUACAGUCGAGGAUACAUGUUAUAUUCGCGAAUGUAUAAACAAAGUGUUUUAAAUACAUGGUGUUAUUC